UAAUUUUAAUAUUUUAUUCUUAAUUAUUUAUAAGAUAAUUUCCACACCACAGAACGUUUAUGCUGGCCUAGUGGUGGAAAACUUGAAACGGUUGCGGAAGGAGGAAGGUUCAAACCUCCUGGCGCGCCAAUACCACACCAUAUUUAGAAAUUAGAAUAAAAUAAAAUCUCCUCCUAAAUCUAUCAAAAUCUCAACUCGUAAUUCUUUCUUCAUUCUUUCUUUUUUUGCUGGGAAAAUUGCAUCAAUUUGGUGAAAUCUACAUCAUAUUCUGCAAUUUACACUUUCAAUAUUCUCAAAGACUCAAAUUGAAGAAGCACAAUUUUCAGGCAGCAGGCAACUUGUGGAGAAGUUUUUGUCAGGCACAUUGGUCGAUCCUUACUCUGUAGGUUGGAGAAAACACUAGCAAUUUAAGUGACUGCGUUAUGGACUUGGUGGGACUAAUUAUUGAAGCAGUGAAUUAUGUUGGCGGCCCAAUUGUGACACAUCUGGAAGAUCAGAUAAAAUUCAAUGAUUCUCUCGAAGAAUACAAGGGGAGGAAAGAUGAGUUGUCCAAUCGAAAGCAUGGCAUUGAAUUAAAAUUAAACAGAGAGCUUACCUAUGGGAAGGUUGCCAAGCAGGAAGUGCAAAGAUGGUUGAAGGAUGCAGAAACGUUUAUCACGAGACCAGCGGUUGAAGUUGAAGUGAAUAGUUGGGGAUGGUUCUCAUGGUGUUGUCGAGUAAAGAUUCUAAAGGAAAGGGUUCAGGAAUUGGAGAAAAUCUAUGAAAGUGGGGAUAGAUACACUGAUGGGUGUUUGGUCAUUGAUGAUCUAUCAGCUUCGGUAGUUGAACUGCCAACAGAAGAGUUACAAGGUAGUGAGGCUGUUAAAGCAAAUAUUUUGGCAUGCUUGAAGGGAGAAAAUGUAACAAUGCUUGGAGUUUGGGGCAUGGGGGGAGUCGGGAAAACAACAAUAAUGAAACAUGUCCAUAAUGAACUGCUAAAAGAAGGUAAAUUCAAGAAAAUAAUUUGGGUAACUGUGUCACAAAACUUUGAUAUUCGCAAAUUGCAAGAACAAAUUGCAUGCAGCUUGAAGGAAAGGUUGGAAGAGAUUCAAAAUGAAACUGUUCGUGCAGGAGUGUUGUCAAAGAUGCUAGAAGAACAGAAGCCUUACUUGCUGAUUCUUGAUGAUGUGUGGAGCAGUUUCAAACUUGAAGAUGUUGGAAUUCUUAAGCCAGAUGAAACUAAUGGCUGCAAGUUAGUAUUGACUACACGGUCACAAGAGGUUGCUCGUUCAAUGGAUUGCAGAAGAAUCAAAGUGGAGACUCUUUCAAAAGAUGAAGCUUUGGAAUUGUUUUUAAAAAAAGUUGGAGAUGCUGUUUUAUCAAAUCAUGGAGGAGGCAUUAAAAAGGAUUUAGAAUCAACUUUGAAGAAGAUUGUGGCUGAAUGUAAUGGUCUUCCAUUAGCAAUUGUUACAGUUGCUAGUAGCUUAAAAGGAAUAUCUGAGCCACCGUCGUGGAGGGCUGCAUUGAAUCAAUUGAGAGAUUGCAGAAGAAAUGUAGCUGGUACAGUUGAUGAUGUAUUUAAGAUAUUAAAGUUCAGUUAUGAUCGUUUGAAAAACCAACAGAUCCAAUAUUGUUUCUUAUACUGUGCACUGUUUCCUGAGGAUUACAAGAUUUCAAAGGAGGAAAUAAUUGAAAACUGGAUUGACGAGGGGUUUAUAGAUGAAGAGGAAUCUCGACAAUCAAUGAAGGAUGAGGGUUAUGAUAUUUUGAGGAAGCUUCAAGACAAUAGCUUGUUGGAAGUCAUUAAAGAUGGACGUAAAGGAGAUUGUGUGAGGAUGCAUGAUCUUAUCAGGGACAUGGCCUUAAACAUUACAAGAAUGAGUCCUCGGUUCUUGGUAGAAGCUGGCAAGGCAUUGAAAGAGCUACCAGAGAGCGUAAAUUGUGCAGAAAGUGUUGAGAAGGUUUCAUUAAUGCAUAAUUAUAUUGAAGAAAUUCCAUCGAGCUUGGCAUUUUCAACAUGCAUAAGGCUCACAACCUUGCUGCUGGCCCAUAACAAAUUGUCAACAAUUUCAGAAUCUGUCUUUGAGCACAUGCUAGAGCUAAGAAUUCUUGAUCUGUCCUUCAAUCUGCAGUUAAGUAGCUUGCCAAAUUCUGUCUCCAAAUUGGUGAAGCUUACUACAUUGUUGUUGGAAUUAACAUCCCUAGAAAAGGUACCAUCUUUAUCAGGCCUUGAAUCCUUGAAAAAGUUAAACCUUAGGGGGACAAAAAUCAAAGAAGUCCCUGAAGGCCUGGGAAUGUUGAAGAAUUUGAAAUGUCUUUUUCUUUGUGGAUCACGUGGAGGUCACUUUCUUGAAAUAGAUGAAAUAGCAGAUGGAGUAUUAUCAAAUCUCUCCAAACUUCAAGAGUUAAUUGUAGAUAAGAGCAGAAUAAAAUUGAAGGGGAACGUGGUUGGGAGAUUGAAGAAGUUGGAAGUUUUUCAUGGCUGCUUCCCCACUGCGAAUGAAAUGAGAAUCUUUCUCAAAUGUCAGCCUAAUAGGUUGAGUGACUAUUUUAUUAAAAUUGUCAGAAAGCCUUCGCUUGUGAUUCAUCGGUUUGAAGAAAUGCAGUCGCCAAGAUAUAAGAAAGUAGUGGUGUUCACGGGGACUAGUAUUGUUGGAGAAAAUAUGUUAUUUCCCUCCAUACAAAUAUUAGGUAUUGAAGAAUGCCACGAUAUAAGAAGCUUAAAUGAUUUUUCUACAAUCAAUGAUGCUACAGAUUUGAGGGAAUGUCGGAUUUUCAAUUGUAAGGGAAUGGAGUGCAUUUUUCCCUCGUGGAUACACAACCCAGUGGUACAAACCAUUGAGUAUCUGGAUCUUCAGCUGUUGCACAAAUUGGAUGGGCUAUUUGAAGCAGACAUCAUUGCGAGGUCAUCACCUCCACCUGGAACUUUUUCACUUCUUAAAGUAGUUUGGAUUUUUUCAUGCAAAAAAUUAAAGAAGUUGUUUCCAUCUUGGAAGUUGGUGGAAUAUCUCCAAAAUCUAGAGGAGAUUGAUCCUUGCACUUUUUUAUCUCUUAAAAAAAUUAAAAUUCAGAAAUGCAGAAGAGUAAAGAAGUUGUUUCCAUCUGGGAAGUUGGUGGAAUAUCUCCAAAAUCUAGAGGAGAUUGAUGUCAGCGACUGCGAAGGAAUGGAAGAAAUAAUAGGAUCAGAUCCAGAAGAAGAAGGAGAAGGAGGGGACAUCAUCAAGAAGCUCAUUCUUCCAAAAUUAAAAAGACUGAGAUUGAUGCACUUGCCUGCAUUGAAGAGCAUCUGUAGCAGGAGGGCAGUAAUGAUAUGUGAUUCUCUUGAAUCUAUUUCCAUUAGUGAUUACAAGGUGAGGAUUCCCUUUCAUCUCCCUCCUUAUCUAUCUCUUUAUGGGUUGGACAACUUGGAUUGGCUGUUUGAAGGAGAAUUGAUUGCCAUGUCACCACCUCAGCCUCGCCCUUUUUCAUUUCUUAAAAUUGUUAUGAUUAAGGAAUGCAAAAAAUUGAAGAAGUUGUUUCCAUCUUGGAAGUUGGUGGAAUAUCUCCAAAAUCUAGACAGGCUUGAUGUCACAAAUUGUGAAGAAAUGGAAGAAAUAAUAGCAUCAGAUCCAGAAGGAGGAGGAGAGGAAGGAGGGAACAUCAUCAAGGAGCUCAUUCUUCCAAAAUUCAAAAGUCUGUAUUUGUAUAAUUUGCCUGCAUUGAAGAGCAUCUGUGGCCGGAGGGCAGUAAUGGUAUCUGAUUCUCUUGAAAAUAUUAGUAUUACCAAUUGCAAAGCCCUAAGAAGGAUUCCUUUUUGUCUCCCUCCUCGUUUAUCUCUUAAGGAGUUGGACAACUUGGAUUGGGUGUUUGAAGUAGAAUUCAUUGCCAUGUCACCACCUCAGCCUAGCACUUUUUCAUCUCUUAAAAACUUUGUGAUUACGGGAUGCAACGAAAUAAAGAAGUUGUUUCCAUCUUGGAAGUUGGUGGAAUAUCUCCAAAAUCUAGAGGAGAUUGAUGUCAGAGACUGCGAAGGAAUGGAAGAAAUAAUAGGAUCAGAUCCAGAAGAAGAAGGAGAAGAAGGAGGGGACAUCAUCAAGAAGCUCAUUCUUCCAAAAUUAAAAUAUCUGAAAUUGAGACUCUUGCCAGCAUUGAAGAGCAUCUGUAGCAAGAGGGCAGUAAUGGUAUGUGAUUUUCUUGAAUAUAUUACCAUUGAGGAAUGCAAGGGCCUAAGGAGGAUCCCUCUUUCUCUUCCCCUAGUUGAUAACGUCCAACCAUCUCCUCCUCCUUCCCUCAAAACAAUCCAGUUGCGUCGACGAGAAGAGGAAUGGUGGGAAUCGUUGGAGUGGGACCAUCCCAAUGCAAAGGAUGUCCUUCAACCCAAGGUUUGGUUUACGUCCUGAUAUUUCCUCGUUUCCAUAAUUAGAGUCGGAACAGUUGGAAUUGGAAGAUUAUCCAGAAGAUUGAAAGUGGAUCAAGAAGCCGGUUCAUUCAGCCAGUCUGUUGCUUUUCAUUCCGAGCUUCAAAGGAUGUCCUUUCUACUACCCUUAUGUGGAUUGUUUUAGUGUGAUUCUUGUGUUUUCAUACUCUCUGUAAAUUAAUUAUGUUGAAAACUGAUUUAGAACACCCUUUGUAUUCUUAUGUAUUUUGCUGCAUUGUUAUAUAUCUUGGUUGUACCAUGUACAAACAUAAAUAUGUGUUUUCAAU